UGAAUGUAUAGCAGAAAAUUAUCAUGGUAAUGGAUUACGCUGACCUUGAACGGUCGUGGUGGCUAUAUAGCGUAUCGGCACGCUAGGCGAUGUAGCACUGAAUUGACCAGGUCGUCGAGUGCACUCUAUCAUCGCGAAUCACUAGGAAGGCACAUCUGUCGGCAAGGUUGUCCCUUCCGAUUCAUACAUAGACACAAAAAUCUCUCAUAGUAACCUCAUCACUGUUUAUCGCUGUGUACCUAUUCGCAUAAUCCAGCGCUGAACGCAGCGGCCUACAUUCGACUCUGUCACCCAAUAUCCAACGUUUCUGAUUCAAGAUACUCAAGUCGUUACGGGUGCUCUCUCUCGCGUCCUUUGCCUCAUAGGUAUAUCGAUCUGUACAUACAGCCAAUCACUUGCUCUUUAUAUUUCCCGCCUGCCAUCUCGAGAUGGAACAUAUGCUACGCUGUAAUUCUUUGAAGUGCAGGAGGCAACUCGGGGAUACGGCACUGGUAACAACCUGCAGCCACAUAUUCUGUACCGAAUGUGCCGCUCGCCUGGGGCUUACAGAUCCCAACGAAAGGCAGCUGUGUCCGGCCUGCAGUUCUCCGUUGGCCAAUCCGGAUGAUGCAGUCGUUACAAACCUUAAUCCCAGCGAGGAUUAUAAGACAAGUGUUCUGAGCGGCCUCAGUCCGACCAUUAUUAUCGAAUGUGCGAGUCGUGCUUUGAGCUUUUGGGCUUACCAAACAACCCAGGAAGUUGUCUACCAGGAAUGUUUUGGCAGGACCUUGACGGAAAAGUACUCAAACCUUACUGUUCAUCUUGAAAAGGUCAUUGGCGAGGCUAAUAAUCAGAUCACGGCUUUGAACCACAAGAUUACCAAUUUAAGUUUUGAUCAACAGUCUCUACACCGGAAAAACGACGAGCUGACCCAAGCUCUAAAGGAUAAAAACAAAAAGUUCAUGCAAACACAGGAGCUGUACGACAAGCUGAAACGGAAGGCUAUGAUGGGUCAGAUGCAGCAUGCAGCGGAGGAUGCUGUAGAUUUAAACCUCCACACAGCGACUGGUGGUCCGAGGCCGCAGAGAGAAAGGCUGUCCCUUAGGACUUAUGAGGAUGUUGUAUAUAAGCAACGACCUAGUCAACAUUCCAAUGGCAACGGCCCUGGUAGCAUUUAUCCAGCCCAAGCCACACAUCAGACCAACCACGAAAUUUGGGACAAGGGCAACACUGGAGGACUAGACAUACCUCUCACGCCAUCAACCUAUCGCCAACGAAUAAGCCAACCCUCUGGGAUAGGACUAUCCACAGUUCCUGGCCUUGUCGCUGGGCCUCGCUCCCCACGCCAACGUUUAAACAAUCGAGCACCUCUCAGCGAGCUAUCUACCAACGCCAGGAACAAUGACAAGUUCCCGGCAAUCGGCCUAAGUUCAGGAUUAAAGAGCAGUCACAACGGGGGAGGUCCUAACGCUUUUGUGGUCCCGACCACCAGGCCACAUGCUAUUCAACGACCCAUCCAAAAUCCUUCUGUGCUAUCCCGAGGAGAAUUAGGUCACCAUCCAGAAUCUGCGUUGGGUAAUAUUCAAAGCGCAACUGUUAUGGGAGGUGUACGGCGCGGCUUUACACCUCGUUGAUAAUUAUACUUUAAAAACACAUAAUGCAACGGGCGUUGCAUAGAUAUGAGAGCUCAAUGAAGUUUACCCGAUCGAGAGUCUCGAAGUCUGCUAACUAUGAAAAUGUUAACA